AUGGCAUAUUUCAUUGUUUCUUCUUCCAUUCUCUCAUCAACGGAGGAUACCCCAAGAACUCAAAUGGAGAAAUCAACCAGCAUUAUGAGAAGAUCAAUCUUCACUUUCCUUCAAAAUUACCACUUCUUCACUUUGACACCCGCAAUUCUUGUUUUCCCCUACUCUGUUUCAGUUCUUCUUUCGCAAAUCUUCGUCCCACCUUCUUCUUUGCUUCCAUCAAUCAAUGGCCGUCUCGAUGCUCUUUUUCAAGCUUCUGGGUUCCCUUAUCCCUCAGAUUUCUUCACGAUUCUCAGUUUAAAACUUUCCCAAACCAUCUGUUUCUCCGUUUUCGCACUUCCUUUCACAUUCUCCUUCUUCCUCAUUGCCAAAGCCUCCAUUAUCGAACUCUGUUUCCGCCAUGGGAGAACCUUGAAGAAACCCUUUCUGUUUUCAUCGGUUCUUUCGCUUUACAGGCCUCUCCUCGGAACCCAAAUCUGCAAUUUCUUGUUAAUCAUCUCAGCGAACGCAACGGCUUUCUCUGUUUUGUUCUUUGGGUUCAAUUUGAUUGAUGGGUUGGGAUUCUCAUCCCCUAAAUGGAUUCUUUUAAUUUCUGCUUUUGGGGCUGUUUUUUACUCUCUGGUUCUGGCGAAUUCAUUCGUAAUUUCAAACUUGGCAUUGGUUUCAUCGGGAAUGGACAAAUCCGGUGGAUAUUUAUCGAUUCUAAAAGCUUGUGUUGUUAUUAAAGGAAGAAGUUCGACUGCUUUAUCAUUGGCUUUGCCUUUGAAUCUCAGCCUGGCGGCCAUUGAAGCUAUGUUUCACCAUCGUGUGGUGACAGCUUACGAAGGUGGUGAUUCCGCUUGGUUUCCGAUGGCGUUGGAAGGGGUUUUGAUUGCUUAUUUGUACUCAAUGAUUCUUGUUCUUGAUACUGUAGUGAGUUGCUUGUUCUUCGACAGCUGCAGAACAGGUGGAUUGAUGAAGAUGAAGCAGGAAAGUGAAAUUGCAGAGGAGGAGGAUGAUGGUUAUGUGAAAUUGGAGAAUGUUGAAGAUCUGCCAUAG